UCUGGGUGGAACUGGGUCUCAGCGCGGUCCGGACCCAGCCAUGCCCCCACCACGCUCGGCCCCCGAUUGUGCUGACGGGGUCCGACACACCAUGAGAUAAUGCCAUUCCAGAGGGAUCGUGGGUAAAGCCUCUCUUUCUGGCUCUCAGGUAUAUAAAGAGGAGGGAGCGUGGAGCAGGGAACAAAGCUCUGGGAACGUUCCUCUCUUGCUUCGGUCCACGCUUGUUCUGUUCGGUCUGCCAUCCUUCAACUGCCGGACCCCCAACCCAGCCCGACUCCCCCCAGCAGACAUGGAUAUUGCCAUCCAGCACCCCUGGUUCAGACGCGCCAUGGGCUCUGCCUAUCCCGCCCGACUCUUCGACCAGUUUUUUGGCGAGGGCAUGUUCGACUAUGACCUUCUUCCUUACACGACCUCCACCAUCAGCCCGUACUACAGACAGUCCAUGUUCCGCAACUUUGUGGACUCUUUCAGCUCCGGCAUCUCUGAGGUGAGGUCUGACAGAGAAAAGUUCACAGUCUACCUGGACGUCAAGCACUUCUCCCCCAAUGAGCUCAGUGUAAAGGUCAACGACGACUACGUGGAAAUCCAGGGCAAGCACGGCGAGAGACAGGACGACCACGGUUUCGUCUCCCGCGAGUUCCACCGCCGCUACCGCCUCCCCUCCAGCGUGGACCAAUCAGCCAUCACCUGCACCCUGUCGGCCGACGGCCUGCUGACUCUGACCGGCCCCAAGGUCAGCGGAGGCAGCGAGUCCGGCCGCAGCGAGCGCAGCAUCCCCGUCACCCGUGACGACAAGCCCAACGCCGCCGCCUCCUCCUAGACGGCCCGGCCCCGAAGACACGGACGUCUUCGCCUUCCCUUCGAGGAUAUGUGUGUCCUCCUCGCUUCACUCUCUAGUUUCUUCUCAGCAC